UAUGCAGUUUGAUCUUCCCUAGAAUUUCAUGACGAUAACGAGAUUCGUGCUUUCUUAUCGCCUCAGGUGCUUAACAAGCAAUUUUGGAUUUUUUACAUGCUUAAGCUUUACGAUUUUCCAGCUCUAAAGCUCCUUUAGUAACGGUUCAAGCUACAUUGCGUAGAUAUAUUUUUAAGCACAACUUGGAGAUGGUAAUCAAAUUUUAGUGAGAGAAAGAUUGCCUCCAGUGAGGGAAGAGAAGGUUUGAAUAUCUGAGAGUUAUAGCAAAUCUGCUGAAGGGAAAGAGAUUUAGCUCUGUGUUCACUCUUGUCCUUGCAAAUUCUUAUCUGGGUUGCCGAUCCAAAGGAAGGAGAGGAAGAAGUAGCGUUUGGUGAAAACAAGACCAUAGUUGCUAGCUAGAUCUUGUAUGAUCAAGGAUGGGGAGGUUAUGUUCUCCAAAAUGUAGACUGGCAAGAAUACUAGGAUGGCUUCAAAUCAUGUUGGGAGGUCUUGUUAUUGUUGUAAGCAUAGCCAGUCUCUUUAAGUUCUAUAAUGCAGGGUUUUUCCUUCACCAUGAAGAUAUAUGCCAGCACUUCUAUCAUGUCGGUGAUGCUUAUGAUGGGUUUGAUAUAAGAGCGUUGAACGAUCGAGUUGGAGAAGUGCUUGAUAGGAUGGAUAAACUGCAAGAAAAGCUGGAGAAAACAGUGCAAGAAAUGGAGAAGAAUAAGGUUGAUUUGGGUAAAACUGCAAUGACAAGAUUGGAGCACAAGAGGUUUUUGGAGCAGGAGGUGAUCAGGCCUCUUUAUGGUGCUCACAUUGCUCUUCGGCAGAUUCGACUACCUCAAGCAGAGGGGAUUAGAAACUCAACAAUGAAGGAGGAGCCUUUGAUUAACACUUUUGUUGUUGAGGAGAUUCGUAAGUACAUUACUCCGAAAGAAAAUAGAGUCGGGAAUACAAACAUAUACGGGACUCUGAGGAUAUAUAACACGAUAGGGCAUGCCUGUGUUUUGAUGAAGAAAGAAUUGGAAGAGUACAUGGACUACGACAUUGGAUCUUACUGUAAAGAUGAUUGGAGCUUAUCCCAGAAGCUCAUGGUCAGUGGAUGUGAUCCCUUGCCACGAAGACGGUGCCUGACAAGGGCCUCCAAGGUCUAUCAGAAGCCAUACCCCAUCAAUGAGUCCUUGUGGAGACUGCCAGAUGAUAGAAAUGUGAGGUGGAGCAAUUACCAAUGCAGGAAUUUUCAAUGCUUAUCAAGCAAGAAUCCGAAGAGGGGCUAUUCAAAAUGCACUGGUUGUUUCGAAAUGGACAAGGAAAAGCUGAAGUGGGUCGCUAAUAGCUCACUCCCUGUCGAUAUUCUGAUCAGAGAUGUUUUGGCGAUCAAGCCUGGAGAAAUACGAAUCGGUCUGGAUUUCGGAGUUGGAACAGGAACUUUUGCUGCCAGGAUGAAAGAGCAGAAUGUCACAGUUGUCUCAACUGCACUUAACCUUGGAGCGCCAUUCAACGAGAUGAUUGCACUUCGAGGUUUGGUUCCUUUGUAUGUGACAUUGAACCAACGCCUUCCGUUCUUCGAUAACACAAUGGACUUGAUUCAUACCACUGGGUUUAUGGAUGGCUGGAUUGACCUGAUGUUGAUGGAUUUCAUCUUGUUUGACUGGGAUCGGAUUUUAAGGCCAGGCGGAUUGUUAUGGAUUGACAGGUUCUUUUGCAACAGGAAGGACUUGGAUGAUUAUAUGUACAUGUUUCUUCAGUUCAGGUACAAGAAACACAGGUGGGCAAUCUCUCCUAAAUCAAAGGACGAGGUCUAUCUUUCUGCACUGUUAGAGAAACCUCCAAGAGGUAUUUGAUAGCAGUAUGAAGCUUAUAAACAUUCUUCGAUCAUAGUGCUGACAAUGCCUUCUCAUGUGACUGGCUCGGCUUGCAUUUUAAUCACCAUAGCCAAGUCAUUGAUCUUCGAGGGCUUUGAGUUAAAACUUGCAUUCUUUGUAUCCGUGCUAAUUAUUUAUUUUUAUCUUGGUGUUUUUAUUAAUGUUUGUCAAUUUAUUGGCCUCCGGGAUUGUCUUCCAUGGCAACCGAUGAUGCUCGUGGCACUAAAAAUCCUUGGCUUUUUUUCCCA